AAAACCAUUAUAAUUUACUACAACUGCGUUGGUUAAAGUAGAUCAAAACAUUUUAGGAGUGUUGUCCUUGAACUGAUUCUUCGCAUCUUCUCAAAUUUAUUGUAUGAAAGAUUUAAGAUAUACCGUAAAUGGCUCAACGACAAGGAUGUUGCUCUUGCUUUGGGUAAGUAAGCUUCGCCAAGCCCCAAGGGGCGAUUUUCUCGGUGUAUGAAAGCAGUUGUAAACAUCAACACAUGAGUCGAGUUGUCUUUUCGCUUUGCUUAGGAAAGUUACGAGGUCGAUGGCAAGAAUGUUGCGUCUCUCGAUACGUUAGCAAAAGAAUCGAAGAAGAAAAAUGCAUUCAUUCGAUAAUUUCGUCGGGUUUUGUUGGUUCUUCAUCGAUCAAUGCUUGCAGCGAACACAUAUAUUGGAAUAUUUUAUAUGAUAGGUACUCUGUGAUAGGUAUAUUAGGUUUGUCAGUCUCCUUUUACAGAAAAAUAAACGAAAAAUAAAAAGCAGUCGUUCAUAAUAUAAUAAAUCAUUGACGGAAAUAAUCGUAAAAGAAGGAAAAAUCGAAAACGUAGCAACGAUUUUGGUUCGCAGAGUUGUCUUUUUCUGAUUUACUUACCCUAGCAACCGCUACCAGAAUAAACAAUGCCAACUAGCAACCUGCAUAAAAUACUUGAUUCAAAUUGAUUUCUCCAGUUUAAUUUUAUUAAAUAAAUGUAUAGACAAAAAGAAUGGAACCCGUACAGUAAUAAAUGAAUAAACGAUAAGAUUUUUAACUUUUUGUUUUCUUCACUUUUAAUUUGGUCUUUUUUUGAAAUUCUAGUGUAUGCCGUAUUACUGAUCAUUACUAGCUAGAGUUGCAUUGAAAAAUCGAGCAUGGCUUUAUUUACAACUAGACAUUAUUUAGAAGUGAUCAAAACUUAGAGUCGCGGGUCUUUGCACAACGUUUUAUGUAAUUAAAACUUCUUAGGUUGUUCAUCAACACAGAAGUUUUAAACUGAUUAUGGACAAGAAGGCUGAUCUGUGGGUUUAAACUGCAAACAGCUAUGCAUUAUGUUAGGGCCCUUUUGAGCUGGGCUGAUGUAAAGUGAACGCAAAAUUCAGCAAAUAUUAAACGAAGCGUAUAAAAAAGUCGAGUGCUGUAUGAAGCAUUUAAUUAGAGCGAGUUCAGUUUAUUAACUUAGGAACAAGAAGUCUCUAAUCCCUUUAAUUUUCGAAUGGAGUCCUCUGGAAUCGCAAAAGCGCAAUUUCUUAAAGAAAAUCAAAGACAGUAAUUUUAAGAAGUGAUAUGAUUAAGGAAAGAAAAAAUGCACUUUUGAAUUAAUAGUUCUUUCUCUUCUACUGUGAUCCUUUCAAAAAUGCACAUUCGAUCCGUACUUGAAUAGUUGUCAAUAGGAACUUAGUACAGUGAAAACCGCAUAAAAGAACACGUGUUUGGGGGGUUCAGGCUGAUUUUGUUCUUAUAUAUCGGGUGUUUUCUGCAAAAUCAGCGUGAAAAUGUUCUUAAGGUGUUCUUAACAUUGUUUCUAAAAAUUGAAUACUGCAUAGACUACUAACAGAUGAAAUCACUGUGCAAGCACAACAUUUUAAUUAAUUAAUGGAUGGAACUAACCUCAACUGCAUUCAUCAACGCAGUAAUAUAUUAGGGGAGGGGUAGCAGUUCUGGUGAUAAACAACUCGAAAUUCAGCAAAAGUCAAGCAAAUUCAAAAUGCACCAGCUCCCCCUCCCUCUCGAUGUAACUAUUUACUGUACCCUAGUAGGUUAUAUUCUAAUCUAACUGGCAGCCAAUUUUUUUUUUUUCUUUUUUUUUUUAUAAGAACAAUUUUCAUUUUUCAGGCUGAGUGUGUUCUUAUGUAUAUGGUACUUUUUGGACCAAAUUUCUGACAGCCUGAGUGUUCUUAAUCCUCUUGUUCUUUUAUGCGGGUUUUUACUGUAGAUUCUUUUCUUGUGUGCAGCAGAACACGCGUGCAGCGGCAGCAAGUAGUCAUUUAUUCACAGUUUUAAAAAAAAAACAUGACAGUAGAAAUCUCACCUCUCAUUUUCCAUUUUGGCUUGUGUGUCCAUUUGCUAUAUGUAUUCAAUUCUAGAAUUCGUAGAUCAAUUUUUCAAUAUGAAUAAAAACUCGACAAUGGGACCUUCUCAUGACUGCAGGAGGUUUGUUCUUGACGCCGAGAAUUGGCGCCAAAUGGUCUCUUACGUGGUCUUAAGUCCAACCUGCGUGGCUGGCGGUUCUCCUGGUGCGUUUCUUCGUUUGUGGUUUGUGAAGUAAGGGACACAGCAGCGCGACAGCUGAACCAAGGCCAAACCCGCAAAACGAUGGGGGAUGGGGCGUUUGGAGAAGACCGCCAGCUACGCAGGCUUUCUUACGUCCCUUGAUGGACGUAGCAUAGAGCUUUGUCCAGGGAAAAAGUCCAGUCCAGCUAAGAAUAAGCCAGGAGGCUGAGACUACAAGUUACUUGCUUUAGAAUGCGAGGGGCCUGUUUCAGUCAGUUGCAGGGCUAGAGCGAGAAAGCAUGCUUUCUCCGUGUAGCCCUGCGGCUAACUGAGCUUUUCUUCGCUCGAUCCCAGUUAAACAUGCUCGGCCGCGCGUCAAUCCCGAACUGGACUGCUAGCAGUCUAACCAGUCUUCCGCUCCGUAGAGAAAAAACGAUGAAGGGGGAGGAUGGUCAAAAUGGAAAGUGAGAAUUAAGAUGUCGAUAAUUCUUUAACUGUAAUAUGGAAUCUGACUCUCAACGUCUCUAAAAGUAAAUUUUGACUGAAUUUUCUAAUAAAUUUGAAGUUUGAUUUAAAGUUUUCACGGCUUAGGCAUUUCAAAAUCUACUUUUUGUUUUGACUUUUCCGAGAAAGUUUGAAAAACAUUUUAACUCUUCUCUCCUAGCUACUUUCGAUGGCAACGCUCGGUCACCGUGAAUUGAGAAUUGUUCAGUAGUUUUUUGUUUGUUGUUUUUUCUGUUUUGAGGCUAAAGGUUUUGUUCUCUCUUUCGAGAAUUUCAGAACACCUAAGAGAAAGCAUCCAGGAAACCUAGAAAAGCCUGAUUACAAAGUCUACAAGCUUUGAAAAAGCAGUCUUUAACAUGAUUCUAUACAAAAACUUGCCGAAGAAAACAGCCGACAUUUCAGGAUGCCACCAUUGGUUUCCCGCGCAAUGACGUCUGAGCAACGAGCGCAGAAAUUGCAUUCUGCACUACCCAUAUCUGGGUAGUGCAUCUGAUUAGUUGUGCCGCGAAGUGAAUUUGCCUCAACCAAUAAGAAGCACUAGCCAGAUCUGAGUAGUGACCCGUCAUCAGUAUGAAACUUCUUCAGUCGCUCCUUAGAAGAUAUUUCGAGCGGUAACUAGUGGUAGGGUCGCGAAAUGUCGCUUUUUUGUUAGGCUAUGGAAUUGGUAGGUGACGACACGACAAAUGACAACAUGCCAAUUCACUAAUGACUUUCUUGUUUUUCAUUCAUUGUUUCAGAAAGACGCACGAGACACGAGUUGAGCCUGAGGGACAGCCGGUCACUUUGCGGUAAGUAUAUAUUGAGCCUCUCAUCCCCCUCCUGCUACAGAGCGGCGGAUACUGUACCAAACAAAGUUUCCUUUAAUGUCCCGCGUGGAUAUACGAAGUUCCUCUUCGAGUGUUGAGAUAUUUUUCAACACGAGAAGAGAAUCUCCAAACGCGGUGCGUGUAACGUUCUAUUUAUGAUCUUUUGUUAAUAAGUAAAUUGUUGUUGUUAUUUUGUUGUUGUGUGAACACCAAAGAAAUACCAAAGCCCUUUUUUUCUUUUCUUUUUUUUUCGUUGUUUGCUUCUUCUUUUUUUGCUGCGAUUUAUCAUGUAACCAUUACAACGGUGAUCUUUUCACGAGUAAACUGUCUUGUUUUUGCGCAAAAGCUCACCUGGCAUGAUAAAUAAAGACUAAUGCUAUUUCACUCAAGUAAAAUAACACAUUAUUUUACUUGAGUAUUAAAAAUUUUAAACUUUACCAUUGCUAUAGUAGUUAUCAUAACCCAAGGUUGAAUUUCGCAACGAUUGGAAUUAAGCUGUCCCUAAAAAAAGAAAAAGAAAAGAAAGGAAAAUACCUCCCCCAACCUGCCCGGAAAUAAAAAAGAUCCUUGAUAGCUUGAUAUGUAAGUGUAUUUCUUUUCACUAAUUUUAACAGGAAUGAUCAAAUAGAGCCUGCACCGACAAGAGAUUUGCCGAAGCCACCAAAGUACGUAAGCGCCGAGUAUCUAUCAUUAGACAAGUUACAUACAUACAUAAACUUCAUUUUUCCUCGAGUUAAAGAGGAAAGGUUACGGAAAGUUAAUUGAAAAUAAUACUACGUACAAAAACGUUAACGUAAUUACGCUAUAUACAAAAACGUUAACGUUAGAACGGUUUUCAUUUGAGUGUCGAAAAGUAAUUGGUUUUGCACUUUCUACACGAUGCGAUUGGCUUAAAAGAUUCGCGCCACCUUUUCAUCCAAUCAGAAGUAAGACCAAAGCCAAUUGUGACGCGCUCGCAUGCAUUUGCGUCAGCCACAUGUAAUUACUUCGAGUUUUGAUUGGUUCAAUGUAUUGUCUGUGUCCUAUGUGAUUGGCCAGAGUAAUUACUUUGGUUUUGGUUUUACGACACUCAAACGAAAACCACUCUAUUACGUUAGUUGCAAUACACUUAUGACUAAACUAUGCCACUGCUGGGGAGCUCAAGCGAUGUAGUGCACCAAAAAGGGGAGAUUUGCUUUUUUUCGUUUCUAUCGUCGUCGUGGCUGCUCUGCUAGGGAGCUUUAGCAACGACGACAGCGACGGGCACAAGAACGUCAAAAAGCAAUUGGUAAGAUCAGCAAGAAAGCAACUUCACUUAAACAUUUCGUUGCUGUCACUGCACCACUACGACGUGAAUUUCCCUUAAACUACGUUUUAUGGAGGGCGUAAACACAACACUACAAAUUUCUUUUUCUCUCUCUGAACUUAAGUGUGGUCACCUACAUUUGAGAUUUUAACGCGAGUCGGAAUAUUCGCGACGAAGUAUAAAGCGAAGUCUUGUAAGUAGUGACGUUUUCGCUUCGGCGCCUUCGUGGUUGCUAAAGCUCUCUCUAUAUAAGGAAACUCAAGGCGGCAAAAAGGUAACUCAGAAGAUAACCACCAUGCAAAACGGCGCUUGAAGAGCAGAGAAGAAAAAGCUAAUUCUUUUUGGAUGCCUUACAACAAUUUCUACAUUUUGCAACAGCAUGACCAUAUCUGUGCCAUUUUGCGAACAAGAAGUAAACAAGCAGUUAAUAUUUCUUUCUGCGUUAAUAAGACCGAGUACAGAGGAGGAAGAUGGCGGUCUCCUAUCUAAUUUUUUUUUUUUUUUUUUUCAGGAACGCUGAACUUUCGCCGCCUGCCCGGUUACAGCAAGCCGAGUAUGUAUUAUUACUUAUUUCUUCACUAAAAAUUUCUCACAAUGCAUAAGAUACUGUGGCUGUCAGGCCUAGGCCAAACGUCGAACUUUUCAUGAGACGGACAAAUUAAACUCUGCCUUGGGUCCACCCAAAUUAAGUUAAGAUCGUCUGUUAGGUCAAACGUCGAACUUAGGUCGCGUCGAACCAAUCAACUGUAUAAGACCAAAAAACAAUUUUAACCUGCCAUGCCAGUAAUACAUUUUCUCUCUAACGAGGCUAAAUAUACAUUAUCAUACAAAAUUUUAAUUUGUCCAUUCAGUUCGUUGCAUGUGAAGAUCAACGUAUGUCCCGGAAGCAGACGUACGGAUAGAACGUGUUGGACGAUCCAAACUCAUUCAGACGAACUUAACUGAGCCAGACGUCGAACUUUUCAUAAACAUACCGUAAAAUUCCGAAAAUAAGCCCCGGGGCUUAUAUUUUUCAAAGGCCCUUUUUGAAAUUUGCGUUUCAAAAUCGAUUGAGCUAGCCUUAUAGUUGAAAGUAAAUUUAUCAUUUUGGCUUUGUUUUACUUUGUAUUCAGGAGGGCAAUUUUCCAAGUACAAGCCCCCGGGGGGCUUAUAUUUGGAGGGCGAUUUAACUGAGGGUUUUUUGCGUUACCGGUUUGGGGGGCUUAUACAUGGAGAGGCUUAUUUUCGGAAUUUUUCGGUAACUCACUGAGUUUUCGCUCGUCUCAUGAAAAGUUCGACGUUUGGCCUAGGGCUCCGCCAGUCUGAUCAACUAUUUUGGAAUUGUUGGAAUUUACUCUCCUUUCCAACAAAGUAAAAAGUGGGUCUGAAUUUGAGUCACACUGGCCAGUUUUAAUAUCAGCAGAAAAAAACAAUGUCAGUAGAAAUCUUUUUUGUUUGGAAUCCUUCGAAUCGCCUCGGAGUUUUAAGAAAAGGCGACGGGUCAAUUUCGGAAACUUUUCAGGUAACUUCAAGAUCGAGACUACCCGGUGAAAGGCUUAUGUCCUGGUUAAAGAAAUCUUAUGUCCUCCUUAACAUGUCAAUUUUCAUUUAGCUUAUAUAUUAAGAAAUAUUAAAGGUAAAAUACAAAAAAGGGAAAAACUUGACAUUUGUCAGCUAUCUUGACUCUUAGCCUGUGUACAACCACUCUCAGAAAAAAUCAAAGAAGGGGCCCCCUCUCCGAUUUUAUCUGAAGGCUGAAGGGAGGGGUUGGGCUAGGGACUCCAUGUGCGACCAACUCUCGUAAGCGACCAUCUAUACAAAAAAACAAAACUUUUUCCCAGUCAAACUUGCAGUUGGAACCUCUGAUAAACGGCUACCACUCGUACUGUGCUGCCGCGAUCAUUUCCUGUCAUUUUGGGGGUUAAUUACAGUUUUCUAUCAAUUUUGCUUUUUUUUCCUAACCGUCUUGUAAGCGACUAUUUGACAAUGGUAUGAUCUUUAUGUUCCCUGUAUGUGCUGUGCUUCUCAGAUAAUACAAAAAAACGCACUUUUAUUUGAGUAUCAAGGUAUUUAGCACGCAAGUACUAAUUGGGGACACUAUUUUUACGUCUCCAACUGGAGACGGGACCGCCAUUUUACGUGGUCAUCAAAGGGCGUACCUUCAUUUCUCAGUUAUUUUAAGACCCUUAGGCUUGGUCCGGCCCCAGGAAUCGAACCCGCGACCUCCCGCUCUGCGCCAAGUCAAGCGCUUUACCGACUGAGCUGGUGAUAACAAGGAGCUACCGCAUAUCGUAACUCUUCGAAAAAGCGCAGCUUUCGGGACCUCUUACUCGGAAGAGACUCUAUGUAGUUCGAUUCUCGUAAGUUUAAACCUCCUGUAAGCAACUAAAACUGAUCUUUAUUAACUAUAUAAUAAUAAUUGAUUAUAAAUCAGCGUUCGUCUUAUUCUACAAGCAUGACAUCUGCACGAAAACGAGACUAAAGAAAACGAAAACGAGUCCAAUGGAGUCCAGUUUCCUGCGGCCGAGAUGCCCCUGAUAAAAUUAAUAGGGGCGGCUAAUCGGCAGUAGCCCGUGAUAGCUCGAAAAUUUCUGCCUUUGUACCACAGGAACACCAGAUUUGGAUGCGUUCUGAAGAACGUGACAACUGCAGAACAAAAUCCUAUUUGCUUUUUUUACUUCAUUAGCAGCGGGGGAAAGUCAAAACUUGGUGAAGGCUUAGAGGGGAGAAUAAAUACAAUUUCCGAUGAGGAGUUCCGAGAGCGAAAUGGUGCACUACGAAUUCAGCAGGAAACGGACGAAAAAGGUACUAUAUUAAGUCUGCCUUAAUCCCGACCGGCCACUAUGCUCACUUAGGCCCGGGUAAAACACUGUAUUUUACAUGAGACCUAAGGCUUGGAAACAAACAAUUUAUUUUCUACAGCAACCAAGUUAAUAACCAAAGCAAUAAACUUCCAUCAUGAAAAAAACAGAGAGGCCCACAGAACAGAUGAUUACGAGAUACAGGAGCUGAUUAUCAGGAGAGGACAGACUUUCAAUAUCACUGUGACGUUUAACAGGGAAUACAGUCCACAGGAUGAUGUCAUUAUUGUACAAUUUGUCACAGGUAUUCAGACUGAAUUGUUUGCUUUAGUUAAUUUUCAGAAUAACAUAUUAUCCGGCGUCCGUUUGGGUAUUACAUUAUAGUUCGGAAGGAAAUGGCAAUAAUGAACAACCCUGGGGACUCCAGACAAAAAUUGACUGAUUGCACAAGAUUAAGAUGGCGGAAUAGAGCUUAGGCAGUGCAAAUCCAAAUCGCGUUGUAGGUGAUAUUCUAUCACUGCCGUCCCUAUUAUUAGAGAGAUUAAGAGUCACGUUUACGGCAAACGGCAAACGUCAGAUUCAAGUUGAAAAUUUGUCAAAAUAGAAGUGAGAGGAGAAAAACUGUCCACAACAAUUCUUAUGGAUGAAACUGGCGUGAGACCACUUAAUUUUGGGUGGAAGUAAUAAACAGUAAACGGCAGUUAAGGAGGAAACUUGAUCACGUGGUACAAAUUCACGUUUGCCGUUUGGCGUAAACGUGAAUCUUAAUCUAUCUAUUGUCCCUGAUAUCACUGUUUCAGACUGCUUACGUGAUUUAUUAUUGUUUUUAAUAAUAAUAAUAAUAAUGAGAAAAUCAAAUAAUCAGCAUGUCACGAGCGUGGGACAAAGAAAAAAUCUGAGUCCCCGAAAGGAUUCGAACCUAUGACCUCCCAAACAGUGGGCGGGCGCUCUAUCCACUUGAGCUAUGGAGAAUUCAUGGAGAGCGACGCCAUAUACUAGGUUCAUAUUUAUUGAUUUCAUGCCCAAAUAUCAAUCCAAAAAAAAAUUUUUUUUCACCUGCGCAUUACAUAAAUUCCUCAAAUCCUACUUACAAAUCCUAUUCAAAAGACUACAUUGAUGCCUAUAUUCUAAUUCUAAAAAUUCUAAAAACAUGAGUAAUUAUUCCUUAAAAUCCUAUUUACAAAUCUUACUGAAUGAUUUAUAAAAAUGAUAGAAAUAAUAAAUUAGCUAGAAAACGCCUUCUGAAACAAAAGUCGUACUGAUUUAUUUAUUAAAAGGGAAUAGGCCCCAAGAAAGCAAGGGAUCAAUCAUGCGCGUGGCAAUCCAAGACGAACUCACACCUGCCAAGUGGGGAAUGCAAGUAAAGGAAACCAAGGGAAAUGACGUCAGCCUGUCAAUCAUGUCUGCAUCUAAAGCCAUCAUUGGUCAGUAUGAACUUUUCGUGGAAACAAAAAGCAAAGACUCAUCUGGAGAAAUAGCAAUGUCUCGCUACCAGGACAAGAAACCGAUUUAUAUUUUGUUCAAUGCAUGGUGUCAAGGUAAGGAUUUUUAAUAGCCCUUAUUUUCGAGUUGUCCCAAGCCUCUGGUUGCAAAGCGAGAGUAAGUGCAAAGCAUCGAUAUAAAAAUGAGUUUUCAUUAUCGUGCAAAUAAAACUCAUGUUACCACAGAAAUUUCACAUUAUACAUUUUGAAGUCUGCUCUGGAAGAAAUUAAGAUUAAAUAACUAUUACACUAAGACUUUUGAGUAACCAAGUGAAGGUAAAGAAACUUCUGCAAGAUCAAGCAGCUAAUGUAGAAUUCAUAUCGUUAGGAAUUGGGAGGAAAGACAGCCUUUUAAAUUUCUUUCUUGACAAAACAACCUCCCACUCGAUUUGUCUACAUGAUCGGUUUACAUAUAUGGAUUCAUAUUACCGCCAAUGUUAUGGCAAAAGAAUAUGAAAGACACAUGACACAUAGGUUGUCACUCUUGUAAAACAAGAACAGUGGGCUCUUAACUGUUUUUAUGACAUUCUUUUCUCAUCCGGCACUGCAGAAGAUGCAGUUUACAUGGAAAGUGAUGAACAUCGCAAAGAAUACGUGCUGGAGGACUUUGGUUACAUAUGGAAAGGUGUCAGUUGCGAUGUGUCUCCAUCACCUUGGGCAUUUGACCAGGUACAGGUUAACUAAGGUUGCCUACCGGCUGACUCGCUACCCAUUCUAUCAUUCUACUUAUGGCACUUCACGCCUAAUGCUUACUCGGCUGAUAUCGUAACUAAAAUGUGACCAACUCACCUCUGUAAACAUGGCACUCGAGCUGUCAGAUCUAAUGGCGCGCACAUCGUGACUUUUACAGUCUCCUCGAUCCCCUAAAGCUCUUUUCUCUUUUUAAAUGAUUAACAGCUUCAUCUGAGUAUACUUUAUUUUGUGUGUAUAUUAAGUUACUGAAUAUACGUUUGGGUGGUUUGCUAGGUACUGACGAGGUUAGAGUCGCACUCACCGCUUUGCUGCCCCUCUUUUCAUACCUCUUUCGUGCUUAGCAACUACUAGACUUGCAUACACCCAUUUAACAGCUAGAUUGUAUGCAGGAUUGGAUCCACAUGAACUGGCUCCACACAUGUACAGGCAGACUGAGUUCAAGCAAGCAAGUUUAACUGAUUUAUUUUUUUCUUAUUCUCAGUUUGAGGACGUCGCUUUAUACUCAGCUCUGUGGCUGCUGGAUAAAGCUAAACUUUUCAGUCACAACAGGACCAGUCCGGUAGAGAUAUCACGAACCAUAUCAGCCAUGGUAAGUUGGUGGUGACAACUUUUCCGAAGUUUUUUUUUUUUUUUUUUUUUUUUUAAAAAAAAAAUUUCCCCGUUCAGGCAAACCGUAAUGCGGUGCUUUUCCUUUUUUUUUCCGUAAAAUCCCCCCGCUUUUUUUGUUUUUUUUUUUUUCUCAUUUAUCCCCACUCGGAAAGACACCACGUCGAAACCCCGUCCACUACCAUCCCCCUUUUCCCCCUUCUCUCUUAAAAAAAAUUUAGGACGUCGUAUUUUAGCACCCAACGUGCGCACUCAAAAAGAAGAAACGUUGGAGGAAUAAACACUUUUUGUUUUUUUUUUUUUUUUGUUUCUUUUUGUCGUUGGUGGGGUGGUGGUUUCUACUUUUCCGUAGUUUUUUUUUUUUUUUUUUUUUAACAGAUAGAAUUGCCACGUUCAGGCAAACCGUAAUCGGCUGCUUUACCGUUUGCUAUCCGUAAAUAUCGCCGGCUUUUUUAGCUUUUAUUUCUUGCGCAUAUAUCCCAGUUGGACAAGAAAAGCAGCCUCAUGCAAUCCAGCGAAGGGGCACAUUCAUCUUCAGUGUCCAUCUAGUUGACUUUCCCUAAUCUGCAACUGCGUUUAACGCACUUUCUUCGAUUCUUUUAUAUGCAUGAAUGAAAAAGAGCAUACACGAUCCCUAACAUAUCCGACUUAACAAUUUUUUUAAAAAAAUCAGUUUUUACUCUCUUUUUUCAUGAACGUGAAAACUACAACCUUUACACACUUAAAACGACAAACGUGAAAAUGAUGCACAUCUAUCCUCUGAUCACUGUUUUGUUUACUGCUCGUGUUAACUAGGAAUCUGAUUUCUCUAAUAUCUUUUAAUAACGCCCGUUUAUAUAGUCGAUUUUUAAUACAUUUUUUUAUACGAUUUUAUGGCGAUUUUAAGAUUAAAAAUCGUAUAUGUGAAUAGAGAGUCUCGAGCUGAACCCCGGGCAGAGAUGACCAGAUGAUCAAUUUUCCUCAUUUUUCUCGUUUACAAGAACCAAACUGCACAGCAAAAGCCAAGAGACCCAAGAUAGUUUCUCGCAAUUUCUCUCCCAGAAUAUACGGUGGAACGCCGUUCUACGGACACCCGCUUAAUACGGACACCCGCUUUAUAUGGACACUUUCUUUUGUCCCGACAAAAAGUUCAUAUAUUUUCUCUAAAAUUAGCCCUCUUUAUACGGACACCGGUUAACACGGACAACGGACACUUUUCUGGGUCCCGAGUCACAAACUCUCACAUAUUGUCAACUCCGCUUUACGGACACUGGUUAUCUGCACACUGUCAUUUUCAAUGUCACAAUUAUGUGAUAAUUGUAGACAUUGUACCCUGUUCAAAUAAUGACAGAUUUUUACGGGUAAAUAAAAUUUUAUUACAGUACCAAAAAAAAACACAGUAACAAAGUAACGUGACACAUUUGAUUUUGAACAGUCUGUCUUUCCUCCGGUGUUUGACUCUUGUAGUACGUUUAGUUUUUUAAUAACGUUUUCUGCCUCCUGUUACACACGUUUCACUUCCCUGGCUUUUUGUUGCAGUCAUUGCUCUUAAAGUAAAGUCACAGACUUUUUUAAAAGAAUCCACUGUCGUGGCUGUUUCAAUAACAAUACUACAAUACUUAAAAGAUUUUACUCUGAGACUAUGAUAAAUGAUCGUGAGGUUUUUUUAAGAAUGAACUUGUUACUGUUACAGUUAAGAAAUUAAACAAAGUUUUCUCGUAAAGCUGUCUUCUUUGGUCUUUAUAUCGAUAAAACAUGUGUUCCUGACGUUUUUUCUGAGAGCUCGCUUAAUACGGACACCCGGAUAAUACGGACACUAUGGCAUGUCCCCUUGGUGUCCGUAUUAACCGGGUUCCAUUGUAGCUAAUAAAUAGUGUCAAAGUGCGGUUAGCAAUUUGAAGAAACAACGAAUUCGCAGAACAAAUGGCAAUGAAACCGCCGCAAGUUUUUACAAGCGGUUUGAAGUUGCUCAUUUUAAACUCGCAUAAGUAAAAAGCCCGCAACAGUUGAACGAAUUCCCACCCCUAAAAACAGUUAUAAAAACGUAUCGGCUUUAUAACUCUUUUUGACUGAUAAUCUGUCUCUUAUUAAUACGCUUUCUUGUCUAGUCCAACUCAAAUAACGCAGAUGGUGGGGUGCUGUCAGGACGUUGGUCCAACGAGUACCCAAAAGGCACCACAAAUCCCUUGGAUUGGACCGGAAGUGGGCCUAUUCUGGAAGAAUUCUGGACAACAAAGAAAACUGUAAAAUAUGGACAAUGUUGGGUGUUCUCCGGUCUUGUCACAACAUGUAAGUCGAUGAAUUAAAAGAAGUAAUUAUCCUGCCCGCUUGCAUAAAGAGCCGGCUAGCAUUUACUUUUUGGUUGUCAAGCGACUUUGAUUGAGUUUACAUAACGCGGUUAUAUUCCCGGGAUGUAAGUACGAUAUUUGCGGCGGGUGACCCACCCAGUUUCUAAGCACGCCCGACACGACUUAGUGUCAGUGGGAAACCGUUACUCUUUCAAGCAAAACUCUAAGUAAAAACUGAAAUUCAGGGUGCUUUUAAAAUAAAAGAGGCACUAUCGGCUUUAAUUAUUUUUACCUUCCAAGAGGUUUUUUGUUGUUUUUGUGUCAGACGCCAAAAAGUGAUAAAGAAGAACCCUGAUUCAAGGGCAAUCUUAUGGGGUGCGCCAUGGCGCGUUCUGUCAGUCUGUCCAACCUCGGAGACUUAGUAAGUCGACUGCCCCCUGUGGUUCUCUAAGGUCGCGUUCUCUUUAAUCAGAGGCGGAUCUAGAGGGAGGGUACAGGGGCUUCGCACCCUCCCCCCCCCCCCACCCUGAGAUGACCUGCGGCUUUCUAAUUCAACUGGUAUUCUGUAUUAAAAUUUGUUUACGUCACCAUGCAGUCAGGUACGCAAUUUUUCAGUGGUGCACCUUCUCCUAAGAAACAUUCCGAUCCGCCCUUGUUAAUUAAAACUUGGGCAUAACGCUUAAUUUCUGAUGAAAUCAGAUUACAGAAUUUUGUAAGAGUUAUGAUUAAGCCUAUUAUAUUUAAAGUUUUGUUGAUUAUGUAUUGCGUUAUAGUAAUGAGAGCGUUAGGCAUCCCGACCAGAAGCGUUACAAACUUUGACUCAGCCCAUGACACAGAUGCAAGCAUGACAAUUGACUAUCAUUUUGACGAGGAAGGAGACAUGAUAGAUAAGAUGAAUGACUCCGUGUGGUAAGUAUAACUGCAGUACUGCCAUCUAGUAAUUUACAUUAUGCCUAACGAAGUUUCUUCAACCUUAAAGAUUGAAUAAAUUACGUUUGUAGAUUUGAAGUACUGCCAGUCUUAUUAAAUCGACGCCGUUGCCAUUAGCUGUUAACAGCGAGCCCUUGGAGGAAAUGUAUUAUUGAUUUCAUAUCUGGACAUAGUAAAAAGUACUGAUCAUUGUAAUAUUUAAAUUUCGGUUUUUUAACGUUUAUAUUUGUGUUAGAUAGAAAAAAGCUUUUAGUUAAUAUGCCGGGAAGUUUGUAUUAUCUUAUUAUCUAUAAAUCUGCUUUUGUGCCUUAUAUUGAAGGAACUUCCACGUGUGGAACGAGUCAUGGUUCAGACGUCCCGAUCUACCUCUUGGUCAUGAUGGAUGGCAAGUCUAUGAUGCCACGCCCCAAGAAACCAGCCAAGGUUGGGCAAGCCUUAUGCUGUAAUGUUUUAUCAAGACCUUUGCUUUUUUGCCAUUGCUGCAGUUAAUUAGCAAUAACAUGCAGCCUUCGUGCUUUAUUUUAUUCCGAACCUAAGUUAGCAGUCAAUAAACCGCCUGCAAGGCCAGCAAAGAAAAUUUCCGACAGAUCUUACUUGAACAGACCUCGUUUACGUUCACCCAGGUAUAAUCGUUUUUGUAACGUGUCUAAUUUUUUAGUCCUUACCUCGUUAAAACUUUCCUAUGGCUCUGUUGUUGUAAACACAGUUUUUCAUACUACUUAUUGACAAUGACUAUCCAUGGUUCACUAAGCCACCAUAAGCCAAAAAUCUGAAGCGUAGUGAUUUAAGAAUAAGGAGCACGAAGUCUAUAUAAAUGACAAUUUUUUGAUACGGAAAUUGAUUGAUUUGCCAUAAUAUAUUUCUCUCUCGUCCAGGUGUUUUCCGUUGUGGACCAGCGUCUGUCAAAGCGGUCAAAAAAGGAGAGGUAUACCUCCCUUACGACACAGGCUUCGUGUUUGCUGAAGUGAAUGGUGAUCGUGUUUACUGGGAUGUUAACAAAGAGGACGGUUCUAUGAAACCCACCAACGUGAGCAAGAAAAGUAUUGGCUCUUUCGUUAGCACAAAAGCUGUGGGCAGCAACUCAAGAGAUGACAUAACCCAGGAAUACAAAUUUCCAGAAGGCUAGAACAGUCACUUCGUUUGCUUUCUUAUAUUUAAAGCUUUCUUUCUGUGCUGCUUCCAGGCUCCGAACUGAGAGAAGUGGGCGAAUUCAGGGAUGAGAUCGCCCCGCUCUAGUUAAGAUGGCCUCUCUUCGCUUAUGAGUCUUUGUUUUAGUUCAAUAUAAAGGGAAUCCCUCUGCACUUCUCUCCUGGUUUCAGCACUAAAUGGUAUAUAAUUUUGUAGUGGUGUAACGAUUAAUCGAAUUCUCGAUUAAUCGCGAUAUGACCGUUCGGUUCGAUUCACGAUUCUUUGCUUCCACAUUUCGAUUUUGCUUCGAUUUUUGCAUAUCUUUUCCAGGGUGCCCUCGGUGAGUUAUUAUAUUGUAAAAUCAGAAACCAGAACUCUUCAAAAUGUGCGUUUUUGAUUGACGAGCAAAGACGAUAGCAGUUCGUGCGCCAUUUUGUGUUGCCUGGUAAAAAUGCUGUCCUUUUAAUCAACCACUCCUUGAGAAUUUCCAAAUGAGGCAAACCAUCUUUUGUCAGGUUCUCAAACAUGACGACGGACCAAGCAAUUGUGAAUCCUCCUGUCCCUGUUACUAUCUCAAAUUGAGGGUUUAGGGUUGCAUGUUGUUAACAUUACACCUUAUGUUAUAAGAAUUAAGAGACAUUAACAUGAUCGAAAUCGAAAGACAAUAAUCGAAAUCGAAUUGAAUCGCAAGGAAUAUGAAUCGUUACACCCCUAUAACUUUGUAAUAUCGUGACUUCAAGGUAGUGUUUAAAGUUAACAUAUUUAAGAAAUCUAAGAGAAUGUUUUCAGUUCUUAGAUCUCUUUACGUCAAACACUCCAUCCAAAAUCGUCUUCAGGAGCGAGAAACUUCCAGCUACUCAUGUCAGGGCGUUUAUGUCAACCAGUUUAUUUUUAGAACGAUUUGGGCGCGAAUUUGGAAUAUCUUUUAAGUUCCACCAGUCAGCAAACGGCCAACAGGCGAAACAAAAAUUAUUGGUGACCAUUAAAUUUUAAUGACUUUACUAGGUUUUCCCUUUGAUAUCUUACUUUCGAAUGCGCUGAAAGAUACGUUUCAUUUUACCCUUCGAAUGUUCUCAAAGCAGGAGCGCGCGUUUCAUUUUCGCUGGAAAAAGCACUCGAAAUGUAUCUUAAAGUAAACCGAUCCGUGUAAACGCUGUGACAUAGGGCUAGUAGGAGAAUUGCAGGCUCCUGGGUUAUGGGCACCAGGAUUAAAAAGAAAGAAAUGUGAAGGACAGACCUUCGUUUCAGUCAUAGGCCCCUUAUUUAGUAACAAAGCUCAAGAAUUUUUUAAAAUUAAUAUUUCUUCGUCUAAUUAUUUCAGGAACUGACGAAGAGCGAAAAGCUGUGCAUCUUGCAUUUCAGUUCAGUAGUCGUGCUGAGCACGAACUAUACGACACUAGCGUGGUUGAAGAUGUCCAAUUUCGAUUGGAGACUGAGGACCGUAUAAAUCCGGGUCAAAGUUUUGAAGUUACAGUUGUGGUCGAAAACAAGUCAGAAGUAACCAGAGAAAUCAAAGUCAACUUGGCAGCUGUCUUAGACUUUUACACUGGAGUUCCUGCUAAAAAAAUGAAAACAUACAAGCUCAAAUUUCUUUUAAACUCAAACGCAGGUAAAGCACAAAUAGAAUUGUCGGUUCGUUUUGCUUAGAAUCAUAAUGUUAUGAACCAAAGCAAAUUUGUAUGGAGUCUUCAGAAGGGCAAAAAUCUCAGAAAUGCUAGAAAUGCUAGUUUUUGGCAAAUCCUGGCAAAUAGGCCUUUUAGAUGUUGUUCUUUUAGAAUAUCCUGACAAAUCUCAUAAUUUGAUCAAUUUAAUUUUUAUGACGUCAUCACUCUAGAACUCCAUUUGCAUUAGCACUGGUAUAAGCAUUAGUAUUAGCGUUAGUGUUAUUGAUAGUGUUAGUGUUAGUUUCAGUAUUAGCAUUAGUAUUUAUUAUCUAUGUUAUUUAUCUAGAGCAAAGGUUGAGUCUAACAAUUGAGCCCAGUGACUACAUCACGCCAAAGGCGACUGUGGGCGAUUCUUAUGUCCAGCUAUACGUGAAAGGUGUGGUACCUGAAACAGGCCAAUCCUUUGUUGAUCAGAAAAUGGUGGGAUUCACGAAGCAAAAGAUACACAUUGAGGUGAGUUUUUCCUUUAUGUCAUCUUAGCACCUUAGUGACUCUUCCGCCGCCGUCGCCGUCGCCGUCGUGAUAUCGUAGCUGCUCCCUAAUGAGAGGGAAGAUGAGAGAAAAACAAUGCAAUACGCCCCGCCCUCCUCCGCCCAAUUUCCCAAUACCGCCCCUCCCCCCCCCCAUUUUCUCUUCCUCCCCUAAUCCUUUCGACGCCUGCCACGCACGCCAAUAGGUCAUUUGCACGAUAGCGUCAUUUUAUUACUACGUGGCGUCAUUUUAAUCACUACGACCAGAAUCCUUCAGGGUAUUGCUUUCUUGUACAAAUUAAGGCUUUUGUUAUUUGAACCUCACUGAGACUACCAAAUUUAAAUGUGAAAGGAAAACGAAAUGAAUUCUGGUCUUGGUAGUAAAAAUACGUCAUCGUUCAAAUGGCCUGUUUCAUCCAGUUCUCUUAUACGUCCUCUAGUACAAAACGACAAUUCUACCUCAUAAAAGAUAUUCAUAUUAUUAAAUAUUUCCCAUUGAUUUAUUAUUUUCCCACUCAGCCAUCUGCAAAGAGUGCAAAAGUUGGUGAUGAAGUUGAAUUGACUGGAAUUUUCAAGAAUCCUUUACCAGUGCCCCUUACAAAAGGACACUUUCUUGUACAAGCUACUCGCAUGAAACCACGCACAAUACGUAUCGAUUGCAAGUAAGUAGUGUAAAUGUACGU